CGUUAAGUAGUGUGUACUCCAUCCGGACAGAAUGGACAGAGACGAGUUAAUGGUACAGUGCAGUUGUAGCGUCCGAGGGCUCCUCUCAUGGACCUUCGAUUUCACGGCUUCCUGUAGAGCUCUGUGAGCGAAUCCUCGACCACCUAGCAAUGGAAUGGGAUCUUCGGUUUGCGGACCCGAAGGGAGAACCCCGUAUGACUACCCUCGCAUGCUGCUCGCUGGUGUGCAGAACCUGGUACUACCUGACAUGGUAUCAUCUCCGCCAAUGCAUCCAUUUACGAGACCGGAAGGACGUCCUCUUAUUGUCCAAGACACUUCGCGAGAGACCGCGUCUCCGUGAGGUCGUUCAACAAAUCAUCAUAUAUCAGUCGAUUCAGCAUCUGGGGACGUUUGCGGCCAUGCUCGUGGGCAAGAUUCCGAACUUGUCGAUGAUCACCAUCAGAGACCUCGAGUGGACCAUUGGCUCGGUCCGAAUUGAAGACUUCAGCUAUCUCGCCGCCUUCUGCUCUGUCACUACUCUACACGUCUACAACAUCACCCUGUCGAGCGUCGCUCCGCUAGCCCACCUUAUUGCAGCUUUCCCGAGGCUUAGGCAGUUAUGGUGCAUCAAUGUCAUCUGCUCGCAGACCCAAGCCUCUCCGGUCUCACUCCCACUCAACUUCGCAAAUCUGUUGGUCAUCGAUGUGCGAUGGGUUGCACCGGCGGUUGAAGACCUCUUCGUGCGGAUCAGCCAAGCUUCUCGGGCGCGCGCUCUCGUUCUCGGAGUGGCUGACGAGACGCAUCCAUCCCCUGCAACCAGCAGAAGUCAAACGUUGCUGGAUGCAACUUCUGCAUCUGUUGAGGUGGCUGUGUUGCAUAUUGAUAUCAGCUCUCCCGCGCACGAUGUUACAAUUGAUGCCAUAGUGGGGAACACAACACUAUAAUCUCUUGCGUCACGAAAGUCUGCGGGGGUUGGACAUCAGCCUGU